CUUCACCUAGGGCCGUAGGUGCGGCGCGGGGCCGAGCGGCAGGAGCGGCGCCGGGAGCCGCAGCCGCAGCCGGAGCGGCGCGCCCGCCCCGAAGCCCGCGGGUCUCCGUUCCGCCGCCGGCAGCUGCGGGGGGGCGUCAUGUAGCGGCGGCGGCGGACCCACCUCGGAUUUGCAACUCUGUCUCUGGCUCUCUCUCUUUCUGGAGGGGCGGGGGGCGCGGCAAAAUUGUAUCUCCGCCCUCGCUCUCUCGCCUCCCCCGGGUGCAGGCUGCAUCCGCCUCUAAACAUUGAGGGGCUCGGGGAGGGCGGGGGGCCGCGGAUCGGCGUGGGACCGGCUCUGCCCCCGCGCCCGGAGGGCCACCAUGACCGACGAGAGCGCCGAGGUCCCCGGGGAGCUGACAGAAAGCAUAAAGGACGUUAUUGGCAGAAAGAUAAAAAUUGCAGUGAAGAAGAAAGUCAAGUUGGAAGUUAAGGGAGACAGAGUUGAAAACAAAGUGCUGGUGCUUACGUCAUGCCGAGCCUUCCUCGUGACGGCACGAAUCCCCACCAAGCUCGAGUUAACCUUCAGCUACUUGGAGAUUCAUGGUGUCAGCUGCAGCAGGCCCGCUCAGAUGGUCGUGGAGACUGACAAGCACAGCAUCUCCUUGAGGAUGGCGUCGCCCGACGACGUGAGCGAAGUGUUGGCUCACAUCGGCACCUGCCUGCGGAGGAUAUUUCCUGGCCUCUCUCCAGUGAGAAUCAUGAAAAAAGUCUCCAUGGAGCCCUCUGAGCGACUGGCCAGUCUCCAGGCUCUGUGGGACAGCCAGACCGUGGCCGAGCAGGGGCCCUGCGGUGGAUUUUCUCAGAUGUACGCCUGUGUGUGUGACUGGCUUGGAUUUUCAUACAGAGAAGAAGUACAGUGGGAUGUGGAUACAAUUUAUCUGACACAGGACACCAGGGAAUUGAAUUUGCAAGACUUCAGCCAUCUUGACCACAGGGACCUGAUACCCAUCAUUGCUGCUCUGGAGUACAACCAGUGGUUCACGAAGUUGUCUUCCAAGGAUCUGAAACUGUCCACUGAUGUCUGUGAACAGAUACUGAGGGUGGUGAGUAGGUCCAAUCGGCUGGAGGAAUUGGUGUUGGAAAACGCUGGACUUAGAACAGAUUUUGCACAAAAACUGGCCAGCGCUUUAGCCCAUAAUCCCAACUCAGGACUCCACACAGUUAACCUUGCUGGCAACCCGCUGGAAGACCGAGGUGUAUCCUCUUUAAGUAUUCAAUUUGCCAAACUCCCAAAGGGAUUAAAGCAUUUAAAUUUAUCUAAAACCUCAUUGUCACCUAAAGGGGUGAAUAGCCUUUCUCAGUUCCUCAGUGCCAACCCGUUGACCGCCACCACCCUUACCCAUCUCGACCUCUCAGGGAACGUCCUCCGCGGAGAUGACCUCUCGUCCAUGUACAAUUUUUUGGCCCAGCCAAAUGCCAUUGCUCACCUGGAUUUAUCCAAUACCGAAUGUUCCCUGGACAUGGUCUGUACAGCUCUUCUCCGAGGAUGCCUUCAAUAUUUAGCUGUGCUCAACCUCUCCAGAGCUGUCUUUUCUCACCGGAAAGGAAAAGAAGUGCCCCCCUCCUUCAAGCAGUUUUUUAGUAGCUCCUUGUCUCUGAUGCAGCUGAACCUUUCCGGCACCAAACUGUCUCCUGAGCCCUUAAAAGCCCUGUUGUUGGGCCUGGCUUCCAAUCAUAACUUGAAGGGGGUCUCCCUUGAUCUCAGCAACUGUGAGCUGAGGUCCGCAGGUGCACAAGUGCUAGAAGGCUGCAUCGCCGAAAUCCACAAUAUCACCAGCUUAGACAUCUCCGAUAAUGGUUUAGAAUCUGACCUCUCCACCUUAAUAGUGUGGCUCGGUAAAAACAGAUCAAUACAGCACCUGGCAUUAGGCAAAAAUUUUAAUAAUAUGAAAUCCAAAAAUCUGACACCUGUGUUGGACAACUUAGUACAGAUGAUUCAAGACGAAGAAUCGCCUCUGCAGUCCCUGUCCCUGGCCGACUCGAAACUCAAGACCGAGGUCACCAUCAUCAUCAAUGCCCUGGGAAGCAACACCUCCCUGACCAAGGUGGACAUCAGCGGGAACGGAAUGGGGGACAUGGGAGCAAAGAUGCUGGCCAAGGCGCUGCAGAUCAACACCAAGCUCAGGACCGUGAUAUGGGACAAGAACAACAUCACCGCACAAGGCUUUCAGGAUAUAGCUGUUGCCAUGGAAAAGAACUACACGUUGAGAUUUAUGCCAAUUCCCAUGUAUGAUGCGUCUCAAGCCCUAAAAACAAACCCUGAGAAAACAGAAGAGGCUCUGCAAAAGAUAGAAAAUUAUCUGCUCCGGAAUCACGAGACCAGGAAAUACCUUCAAGAGCAGGCCUACCGCCUGCAGCAGGGCAUUGUCACCAGCACCACGCAGCAGAUGAUUGACAGAAUAUGUGUGAAAGUACAGGACCAUCUCAACUCGUUACGAAACUGUGCGGGAGACGCCGUCCAGGAAGAUUUAAAAUCAGCAGAAAGGCUCAUGCGUGAUGCCAAGAAUUCUAAAACGUUGUUACCAAACUUAUACCAUGUUGGUGGUGCAUCUUGGGCGGGGGCCAGUGGCUCGUUAUCCGGUCCAAUUCAAGAGACCCUGGAAUCAAUGGCUGGAGAAGUCACGAGAGUCGUAGAUGAACAACUAAAGGUGCUGCUCGAGUCCAUGGUCGACGCUGCCGAGGAUCUGUGUCCCAACGUGAUGAAGAAAGCCCACAUCCGACAAGACUUGAUUCAUGCCAGCACUGAAAAGAUCUCCAUCCCACGUACCUUUGUUAAAAAUGUCCUGUUGGAGCAGUCUGGAAUUGACAUCCUUAACAAAAUUAGUGAAGUGAAGUUGACAGUGGCCUCCUUCCUGUCUGAUCGGAUUGUGGACGAAAUCCUGGAUGCGCUCUCACACUGCCAUCAUAAACUGGCCGACCAUUUCAGCAGACGGGGCAAGACCCCUCCCCAGCCGGAGUCCUCAGAGAUUGAGCUGGCCGAGGAGAAGCCAGCCAAACGCUCCGUCCUCACGGUGGAGGAGCUCACAGACAUGGAUCAUCUGGAAGAUCUGGAUGCUUGUAUGACUCUCUGCUGUACAAGUAUGACGCCCAAAUCCAAACGGAAGAGUAUCCAUAGCCGGAUGCUGCGGCCUGUUUCCAGAGCCUUCGAGAUGGAGUUUGACCUCGACAAAGCUCUGGAGGAGGUGCCCAUCCACAUCGAAGACCCGCCCCUCCCGCCCGCCCGGCAGGAGAAGCGGAGCUCGGGGCUCAUCUCCGAACUGCCUUCUGAAGAAGGGAAGAAGCUGGAACACUUCACCAAGUUAAGGCCGAAGCGGAAUAAGAAGCAGCAGCCCACCCAGGCGGCGGUCUGCGCUUCCAGCAUAGUCUCCCAAGACGGGGAACAGAACGGCCUCAUGGGGAGAGUGGACGAAGGUGUGGAUGAAUUUUUCACCAAGAAGGUGACCAAGAUGGAUUCCAAGCGAUCGGCAAGAGGCUCCGAGUCCCAUGAGCUUGGCGAAGGAGGAGACGAAAAGAAAAAGCGAGAUUCUCGGAAAAGCGGCUUUCUCAAUUUAAUCAAAUCCCGGUCCAAAACGGAGCGGCCCCCGACGGUCCUGAUGACGGAGGAGCCCUCGUCGCCCAAAGGGGCCAUCCGGAGUCUGGCCUCGGACACACCCAGGAAGGACGCGAAGCCAGCGGAGCACAAUGGCAGUUCUGAGCGGCUGGAGGAGAUGAAAACACCCGACCCCGUCGAGGAAAGUCCAGGGGAAGACGUGGGGAAGGCGGACCGGAGUGACAGCAAGGGCAGCCCACAGGCCGGGCGGAGGUACGGGGUGCAGGUGAUGGGCAGCGGUCUGCUGGCGGAGAUGAAGGCCAAACAGGAGAGGAGAGCCGCCUGGGCGCAGAAGAAGCUUGGGAAUGAUGCAGCGUCUCAGGAUUCUUCCGGCCUGGGCAGCACAGAGCGGUUGGAUGCAGGUGGGGCAGUGCCUAAGCCGCACCCAGGUGUUCCGGAGAACCGCUUCGGUUUGGGAACACCAGAAAAGAACGCCAAAGCGGAGCCCAAAGUGGACGCGGGUUCCAGGCCCCGGAGCUCGUCCAACACGCCCACCAGCCCGAAGCCCCUGCCGCAGGCCCCCAAACCUAGCCUGGCGGCACGCCCCACCAUCCCACAGAAACCAAGAGCCGCCUCGCGGCCUGAGGACAUCCUGGACUCCCCAUCCAGCCCUGGCUCGUCGAAAAUUGCUCUUCUCCCACCUGUCCUGAAAAAAGUUCCUUCGGACAAGGAGAGAGAUGGGCAGAUUAGCCCCCAGCCCAGUCCCAGGACACUUUCCCAGGAAGUAGUGCAAAGAGGAGAUUAUUACAAAAGACAUUCAGAUCAUGACACUGGCAAGCCUUCCAGUGGAGGGAAAAGAUCUUCAAAACUGUACUCCACGAUUGCAGAAGAGGAGGUGAAGGCAGUUGGGCACAGGAAGUCACAGCCAACAAAUGUUUCAAGGAGAAGCUGGGGCCAGCAGGCCCAGGAGUAUCCAGAACAGAAGCCGUGGUCCUCCAGUAGAGACGGCCACCAAGGCGGCAAAUCUAGCGACUCUGGGGAAGAAGCGGAGAGAGAGUUUAUUUUUGUGUAAAGGUCCCCGGUGCACAAGUCUCAGUGCAGGGGUGCUUUGUUAGCCGUUAGAGAGCAGUCAAGGGCAGCGCUUCCUCCUGAGUUCUUCUCUCGGUGCUCUUUUCCUUUCCCUUCUUUUCUUUACUUGCCUUUUGAAAACAGAAACAGACCCAUUUGGGUUUUUUGGUAAUCAAAGUACAUUUGUUUCGUCUUCUCCCGACCCUCGGCAUUUGAUUCCGAAGCGUUCCUCCAUAUGCCUUUAGUGAAAGCCAGCAAUUAUUCCAUGGGCCCUACUGGAAUUUCUCGGAGGCAGCGACAGUGUGCCCCGCGAGAGGAGUUUUGGGAGGUAAUCCAAGUACCUGGACACAUCCUCACACGAGUAUCACCAUCGGCUGACGGUGGGGUACCGCUGCAUGGACCCGUGUCAGAGCUGCACUUGACUCGAGAGAGCAGUUUAUUCUUGAUGUAUGCAAUUGCACAUUGUAAGUAUAUUAACAGAGCACACUAAUAAAUAAUUUGUAUAAAUUAUAUAUAUUAGAUCUUGGCUAUGGUUUUUACGUUCUCCCCUGGGGAACUUCUUCCUUCCUGAUGUGGAACUGUCCACGUAAAUUUGGUCGGUGACCUUUGCGAUACCAUCCAGGAGCCCAGUUAAGAACAGGGUGAAAGAGGCCUACGGCUGAUCUUACCAUGUGCCCGGAUUCAUGUACAUAGUUGAUCGGAAUGAGGUUUUAUGAAUAUUCAUGUUUUUUGAAGGCCUAUAAUUUCUGUCUGCAUAUUAGCUUUUAAUGUAUGAUUUUAAGAAUACUUUGACACCUGUAAAAAAAAUCAAAACACUACUCUUUUUAAGACAUUUCACAAAUAUUCACUUACAUUACAGGCUGAGGUAUUUUAUUCAUAUGUAUAUUUAUACCAAUAAAAUGAUUUUACAAGUGGAA